AUGACGCGGUGGAAACGACAGGGGUUUUCAAAACAGAAUAACAAAUACACAAAAAACUCAGAGAUCUUAAAAUCUCGGUGGAAGUGCGUCCGGGACGACCACAGUUAUUCACAGGCCGAUCAUCAUCAUCUUCCCCACACGGACAGCAAGGAAACUAAUUCCGAUCAAGUACCCCACACGUACAACGAUCGUGAAGUUCCCCAUACAGCUGGAUGCGAUGUGAUUGUUCAUUCAGAGAGUUCUGGUUAUCUAAAUGUUUAUAUUAGAUAUGAUUCUUCAUGGAGGGAAGGAAGGAGGGUGGUGGAGCUUGGGGUUCUGGCCGAUGGAUUGUCUGGCUGUAAACAGUGUGGAUUGCCACUUCAGUUGUCUCACACCCAAGGAAUACGCGAUUGUGGCUUAGGUAGCUUUCUUCAGGUUCGGUGUCGAAAUUUAUGGUGUGGACAUGUCAAUGUGAUUCCAACAGGAAAACGCCAUGCUCGCAUAUGGGAUGCUAAUACUAAGUUAGCUACAGGAAUGAUUCAUGCUGGCAUUGGCCCAGCUCAAGUAAAUGACCUUUUAACAUCUAUAAAUAUCCCUGCUAUAAGUACAAAGACCAUCCAGAAUAGACAAACAGAGACAGGGCUGGCCAUUGAAAAAGUUGCUGAGGACACCAUCCAACAGGUCUUACAAGAUGAAAUCCUAGCAACAGUUGAAACUGAAGGAGCUGAAGAAUUAACGGUAACCGUAGAUGCUGGAUGGCAGAAGAGGGGGAGUGGUCACUCAUUUGAUAGCUUUUCUGGACAUUGCUCAAUGAUUGGAGAACACACCGGGAAAGUAAUAGGGUAUGAAGUGCGUAGCAAGAUGUGCAGGAUAUGUGAGAGUGCUAAGAGGAAUGGGAAAGAAGCAAAGGAACAGGACUGUAGACAAAACUGGCAAGGAAGUUCUAAAUCUAUGGAGCCAAGUAUGGUUAUCAGCAUGGUAGAGAAAAAACAGGACAAAGGAAUAAAGGUGUCCACUGUUAUAGCUGAUGAUGACACCACCACCAUUUCUCGCUUGAAACAAAGUGUAAGCCCAAACAUUAAAAAAAAAUGCGACAAGAACCACAUUAGAAAAAAUUUUUCCUCAAGUCUAUAUGCUUUGCAGAAAAAACACAAGUCCUUAACUACAAAGGUAAUCCACUACCUUCAAAAGUGCUUCAAUUAUCUACUAGCACAAAACCAGGGAAACCCAAGAGGAAUAGAAAAGGCACUUGAUGCCCUCUGUAAUCACCCUUUUGGAAACCAUGAGUCAUGCAGCGAUUCCUGGUGUCAGCAUGUUAACAAUCCGAAGCAAAGGUACUCUUCCUUGCCUUAUGGAAAGCCCUUAAAAGACUCGGACCUUCAAGAUUCACUACAUUCAAUAUGCAACCAAUGGAAGCAGAACAGCUGUAAGAUCUCCAGUCUGGGAAGCACCCAACCAAAUGAGUCCUUCAAUAGGACUGUGUCACUGAAAGCUCCGAAAAACCACUACUUUAGCGGCUCAGCUAGCUUAAACUACAGAGUAGCAGCAUCUGUAGCAGAAAAAAACUCUGGAGCAUCUUAUCUUGUUGCUGUAAACAAAAAGAUCGGGUUAUCUCCUGGAAGGUUUACUAGGAAGUUGUGCUAUCUCAGGGAAUCCCAGUCCAGGAAGAGAAAGGCGAUCGCCAAAACUAAGGAGGCGAAGAGAAGAAGACGUGAGCUGAAGGCUAGGAGAUCCUUGUGUACAACUAGUAAAGAAAUUCAUGAAGGAUCCACAUAUGAAUCUGGAAUAGGGUUAGCUCCUCAACAAGCUAACAUCAUUACAGAAAUUCCAGUCCCACGCCCAAGACCACAGAUGGAAACAGUUGAUGUUGAAAAUCACACACUUAUCUUAUUUGAUUUAGAAACAACAGGAUUAGCUCGCACUUCUCAUAUUGUUCAGUUGGCAGCUGUACAGAAUGAGGAUAGAUUUUCUACAUACAUUAUUCCUAAGAAGUCCAUAACGCCAACAGCUUCUGAGAUAACAGGACUCUCUGUUAGGAAUGGAAAACUCUACCAUAACAACGAAGAAGUGACUGGCAUUUCUCUGAUGGCUGCAUUGGAUUCUUUCUUGAAAUUUCUCGAAAAGUAUAACAAUAUCAUUUUAGUUGGUCACAACAUUAAAGUGUUUGAUUGUCCAGUGCUUUUUAGAGCUCUUGAAUCAUGUUCUAUGUUAUCAAGAUUUUCAAGAAAAGUGAAGGGAUUUAUGGAUACAAAGCUUUUAUUUCGAAUAUCCCAUCCAAACCUGAGCUCUUAUAGCCAGCAAAAUCUUGCAGAAAGUCUUCUUGCAUGUUCAUAUGAAGCACAUAAUGCCCUUGAAGAUAUUUUAGUGUUGCAAAAGUUGCUAGAAUUAGUGAAUUUAUCAGAUGAUAAGCAUAAGUGUGCAACAUUUUCAUUUGAUUAUGCUAUGAAUGUACUAUCUUACCAAAAGGAAGUUGACAAAAAUUUUCCUUCCUUACAAAUUCUUGUUCAGAAAAAGGUGUUGAGUGUGUGUAUGGCUAAAAGAAUAGCUGGAAGUGGAUUAGAUUUUGAUAGUUUGAAACUAGCUUACUCUAGAGAUCAGAUUGGUAUCCAUGCAUUGUUUACUGAAGUGUGUAGCAACAGUUCUGUGAGGGUGACAAAGUCGAACAAAAUUAUUGAGGCUGUGAGCUCUUUUUUUCUGUCGUUAAAUGAAAGUUAAAUAUAUUAUAAUGUGCAAUGUCUUGAUUUAAAGA